GUAAAGCCAAAUAAAUGUGUUUAAAUUGUAAGCUGUACUUGACCUUGGCCUAAGGACGGGCCUGCUUCCCUUCUCUCAUCUCUUUUUUUCUAUUUCUCUUUCUCUCUCUGUAUCUAUAUCUCUCGUUCUCUCUCUCUCUCCCCCAGUGCGAAUCAGUGGAGUGCUGUCCUUCACCAGAGUGCAAGUGCUUGUUUCUGGGUCAGCACUGAGCCCUCAGAGAGAGCCCGAGCCACCAGAACGAGAAGAAGUGAGGGAGUGAGCAAGAGAGAGAGAGGGGGAGGUAUUUAUAGAAAAAUAGGGCUCCACAGUACCUUUUCCUCGCGAAAAAGAACCAUUAAAGGGACCCAGCUAGCGUGUCCCAGAUUUUUGAUCAGUGCUCUGCGUGAGGGCCAGGGCUGGACAAACUUAGCAGAGAUGCAGAACCCGGCUUGGAAAGAGCUCCGUGUUCUCCUGCACACUUUCCCUCCUCUCUGCCACUCUUUUCGGGCUGGACCUGCGGGUCUGAUGGAGCUUUGAGAGCUUUGGAGAGCCGUUGAGGGCCCCUGCUACUUUGCACCUGGGCUGAAAUGACCUGUUGAAGUGGAGUUGGAGGAAGUGGUGGAGGUGAAGGUGCAUCUUCUCAAGGCCCUGGGCUCUCAGCAUACUCCCAUACACCUUCACACAAAGCCACUUAAAGCCACGAACACACCUGCCUGCAACCAUGAUGCGAAGAUUCCUGAAGAGCCAGAAGGGCCGAUUCUCUCUCCGCCAGAGCCGCUCGGGCUCGCGCAGCGCCUCCAAGGACUUCUACCCAAAUCCUCAAGUGCUCAGGGACUUUCCCUUAAACAUUGAGCUGGCCCUGCCAGCCAGUAACCAGGGCUGGCCUGAGGAGUUUGGCUUCAAGCUGGGAGGAGAUGGACCCAGCUACAUCCUCUCUGUGGUGGAGGGAAGCAGUGCAUACAUGGCAGGACUCCAACCUGGUGACCAAGUGCUGGAGAUCGACGGGCAGAACGUUUCUUCUCUCAGCACCAAAGCUCUUAUUGCCCUGGCCCAAACCCUGAAAACUGUGCCGCCUAGCAUCGGAGUGGUGUCCCGCAUUGAACAGAUGGACAUUUCUCCAGGGCCCGAUGGGCGGUUUGGCUUCACCAUUGUUGGAGACUCUCCCCUGCUGGUGGAGGACUGUAUGGUGAACUCUCCAGCGGGCCGCAGUGGUCUGCGGGCGGGGGACUACGUGAUGGAGGUGAAUGGAAUCCCGGUGAAGCAGCACGAGACGGCGGCGGCCAUGAUCAAAGCGUCUCAGGGGCGAACGCUGCGGCUGGGCGUGCUGAGAAUGAACCGCUUCCAGAAGCGUAUCAGCAGCAGCAUGAAGGAGACCUACCACAGUGGAGACAUGGUCCGGCAGGACCGCAAACACAAGGCCCUGGAGUUCAACAAAAAGGUGGAGGAGAUUUUGGGGGAGGAGCCUGUAGUGAAGGAGAGGCUGUUUGACCUGCUGAAGCAGUAUGCUUCAGAGAGGGAUGUGGAGGGGCUGGCCUCCACCCUGCCUGAGAUACUUCUCACUGAGGAGCAUCAGCAGCUGAUUGACAGCAUCAGGAUCUUUAUCCCCAAGAAGCACCGGCAGCGCUUCGACGAGGUGGUCUCCCAGAGCCUGAUCAGCCGCCUGAGGGGCCGCAGCUUCAGCGAGCACCGCCACAACCGCCUGCGCCGCAGCCGGAGCGAGGACCACCCCGAGCGCCUGCUGGUGUCCACCCGGGCCAGCUCUGUGCCACGGGCAGCCAACGAGGACAAUGUCCUCCACCCGUCCCGCGGCCUCCGCAAGACCACCUCGCUCAUCACCGGCCACUCCAACGCCAUCGGCAACCGCAGGACAGUGCGAGUCUACAAGGGGAACCAGAGCUUUGGGUUCACUCUGCGUGGUCAUGCUCCAGUUUGGAUCGACUCAGUUAUACCAGGUAGCCCAGCAGAGGAAGCAGGUCUCAAACCUGGAGAUCGCAUCCUGUUCCUCAAUGGACUGGACAUGAGGAGCUGCUCCCAUGAGAAGGUGGUGUCUAUGCUGCAGGGCAGCGGGGCCAUGCCUUCGCUGGUGGUGGAGGACGGGCCGCCGGUCUUCACGCUGGCUGAGCCGGAGCCUCUGGAGUCGUCUCCUCGCUCCCGCUCCCCCGUGCUCAGCUCCCUGCAGUGGGUGGCUGAAAUCCUUCCACCCAGCAUCCGAGUGCAGGGCCGCACCUUCAGCCAGCAGCUGGAACACCUGCUCACCCUGCAGGAGAGAUACACCAUCUGCAAAGCUCUGGAGGCCUUCUUUCAGCACAGGAAUGUGGACACUCUGAUCGUGGACGUGUUCCCAGUGCUGGAUACUCCAGCUAAGCAGGUGAUCUGGCAGUUUAUUUACCAGCUGUUGACCUAUGAGGAGCAGGAGCACUGCCAGAGCAAGAUCUCACGCUUCCUUGGCUAUAAAGUCACACUACCAGUGGCAGAACCAGAGCAGCAAGCUCCAGAGCCCCACCGGCGCAGUAGCUCUAUGAAGGUGACUGGCACUACCUAUCGGAGCAGUGUGAGAGGACGCAGCUCUGAUGACCUGGUUAUUGGCACUCACCUAGGAAUGGGGAUCCGGACUGAACCUGUUGAGGUAGCCCCUAUGAGACUUGCCCCUGGAGAAAGACAGUCUGGAGAUGGGACCUCUCUCCCAGAGACACCAAACAACCUCACUAAUCUCUCCGCUGUGUAUGCUGAGCUGGAGAAUGUGUACGCAGGAAAGAGAUCCAAAUCCUUAAAGAGCCGCCCUCCUCCUGCCCCCGAAACGCUGUUGGACGCCUACCCCCACUCGUCCAGUCAGUCCGUCAGAGCUCACUCCUCCUCUCCGUCUGUGCGGGCCACUUCAGGCAGUCGUAAGAUUACUACGUCAGUCCAGCCUCCACCUCCUCCGCCUCCCCCUCCACCACCUCCACAGCCUGUAGCCUGGGCCGAGCCUUUGCCCAGUCCACAGUGUCCCUGCUAUCCUCCAGAGCUUCCAUCUCAGGGGAGUGCAGAGUCCAACCCUUACAUGAGCUUGGACAGCCCUCCAUUGUCCCCUCCAUCUCCUCCAGACUACCCACCAAGCCCUCCAGACUUCCCACCAAGCCCACCGAUACGCAAGAAGCGCUAUACCUUCUCCCGUCCCCCCCGCAGUGCCGACACAGAUCUUUUCAUGGAGGCUCUCACCGAGCAACUGGGCCAGCAGCUGUCUGUGGAUGACUUUCUGUCUCCAGAGAAUGACUACGAGGAGGAUGUGGUCCAGAUGACCUUCCAGGAUGACGAAGAAGAGGAAGUGGAGGAAGAGGAGGAGGAGGAAGAUGAAGGCCCGUAUAUCCCUCCAGAUUUGAGCAGUCCCAGUGAGUUGCACAGCAGCAGUGAGGAUGCUAGCUCUCUUACCUAUUCGUCCAGCUCUGAGCACAUCCCUCCACCUCCUCUUACACCUCCGCCCCCACCCCCGGUCCAGUUCAACGAUCCCCCACCUCCUGUUGCCUACACCCCCGAUCACGCUCCCCGGCAGCUCACGUUUCGCCGUCACCCUGGACCUCCACCUCCACCUCCUCCCAGGGCUAAUCCUCCAACUAAGCGACAGUCCCUUCACAAGGUAUUGCCUACACGGGAAGAAGUCAUGGCCCACCAGGUUCUCCAGGAGCACCAGUCUCUACCAGCUCAACCUACAGCCCCAAGCAGCCACAUGCAGCACCCUCCGCAGCAGAUGCACCAGUCCCUGCCUCCACUUCCAUCUCCAGACCUUUCUCCAUCGUCAUGCCAUGGCCAUUCCAUUUACCAAAUGCAUCAGCAGGCUCAUCAGAUGCACCAGGUUCAUCAAAAUCAGCAAGCUCAGCAGGCUUACCAGAUUCAUCCAAGCCAUCAGAGCCAUCAGGCUCAACAGGGUCACCAAGCACAGCACAGCCAUCACAUUCAUCAGGCACAUCAAGCUCAGCAGAGCCAUCAAAUGCAUCAAAGCCAUCAGACUCAGCAUCCUCAUCAAACCCAACUCUCCAGUUCCAUGGACAGACUUGACCGGAUUGAGAGAAUGGAACGAGAGCGGUCCGAAAGGCAAAUCUAUGAAAUGCACCAACAACAACCCAUGCAUCCAGGUCAUCAGGGUCACCAUGCCCAUCACCAAGGCCACCAAGCCCACCUCUCCAGCUCCAUGGACAGGCUGGACAGACUGGAUAGGAUGGAACGCUUGGAACAUAUGGAACGGAUAGAAAUGCUGGAGAGAGCAGACAGACAAAUGCAUCAGAUUGACCUGUCUCAGCCCGCCUCUCUAACUGGUCACCAAGCCCAACAGCUCCACCAGAUGCAUCAGUCUGCCCACCAAAGUCAAAAAAGUCACCAGAGCCACCACAUCCACCAGAGCCACCAAGUCUACCCACCCACCCAACCUCCUCCUCCACCUGCUCACCAGCAGCAGCAUCACAUUCACCAGAUCCACCACAUCCAUCAGACCCAACCUGUGCAGUCCGCCCCCCAGUACCACAUCAUCCACCAACAACCGGCCCAACCUCACCAACCCCACCAGAUCCUCUCCACCUUCCAGCCUCAACCUCCACCCCAACCUCCACCCCAGCAACACGCACAGCAACAGCACAAACAGCAGCAACAACAGCAACUGCAUCAGCAGCAACAGCAACUCCAGUCUCACCAGGUCCAUCCUUCCAGCCAAGCCAGACAGAGCCCCCAACCCAUGCACCACCAACACCACCAGCAUCACCACCACGAUGCUCAACACUCUCAUCAACCACAGCUGCAACCUCCACCCCACCCCCAGACCCAGCCUCCUUCCCACCACAUUGAUGAAUCUCCAGUGGAUCCUCCUCCACCUCCACCUUUACCUCCUCCCUGCAUGCCUCCUCCCUUGCCCAGGGCUUCACCACAGAAGUCAGACUCCAGUCACAUGAGUGUGAAGAGACUGCGGUGGGAGCAGGUGGAGAACUCUGAAGGAACCAUCUGGGGGCAGCUCGGAGAGGAUUCAGAUUACGACAAGCUGAGUGACAUGGUGAAGUACCUGGACUUGGAGUUGCAUUUCGGUACACAAAAGAGUCCCAUCUCUGUUCCAGAGCCCACACCUCAGCCUGAGACAUUCAAAAAGAAAGAUGUGGUUGAGAUUCUUUCCCAUAAGAAAGCCUACAAUGCCUCCAUCCUAAUCGCCCACCUGAAGCUGUCUCCAGGUGAGCUGCGUCAGGUGCUGAUGAACAUGUCCACCGAUCGGCUGGAGCCGGCACACAUCAAACAGCUGCUUCUGUACGCGCCGGAUGAGGAGGAGGUCAAGCAGUAUGAGCGGUACAGUGACGACCCCUGCAAGCUCAGCGAGCCGGAUCAAUUCGUUCUACAGAUGCUGUCAGUGCCUGAGUAUAAGACCCGAUUGAAGAGCUUGCAUUUUAAGAGCACACUGCAGGAGAAAACAGAGGAGAUGAGAGGAGGCUACGACUGUGUGUACAAGGCGUCCCUAGAGCUCAAGAACAGCAAAAAACUGGCAAAGAUCCUGGAGUUUGUGCUCGCUAUGGGAAAUUAUUUGAACAACGGACAGCCCAAGGGUAGUAAGACCACUGGCUUCAAGAUCAAUUUCCUCACUGAACUCGCCACCACCAAAACAGUGGAUGGAAAAUCGACGUUCCUCCAUAUCCUGGUCAAAUCGUUGUGCCAACACUUUCCUGAGGUCCUGGACUUCUCCAAAGAGCUCACUACUGUCCAUCUUGCAGCCAAAGUGAAUCAGAGGAACAUCACCUUAGAUCUGAACGACCUGCACAACACCAUUCAGGACAUCCGCUCAGCCUGUCAGCAGAUGCCGGCCACCGCUGAGGACCGAUUUGCUGUCGUCAUGAGCGGUUUCUUGGAGAACAGCCACCCUGCAGUGCAGUCUCUGGAGUCGCUACAGCAGAGGGCUAUGGAGGAGUUCUGUAAAGUGGCCUCCUUCUUUGGGGAGGACGGGAAGACCACCACCACCGAGGCGUUCUUUGGCAUCUUUUCUGAGUUUAUCUCCAAGUUUGAAAGAGCCCUAAUGGAUAACCAGGUUUCAGAAAAUCCUCCACGCAGCCCACGUACCCCCCGCAUGGCCUCUCCUCUGGCGUGGUGAGGGGAUACACACUCUACAUAUAUAUAUAUAUACACUGACAUCAUCUAAUACACAC